CAGAAAAACUAACGGAUUUGCCACUAUGAGCUUCUUGGUUCCUAGUAGAGGAACCAAGAUUCCUCUAUCCAUCAUCGUUCUUGUUAUAUGCGGUUUUAUGUUCUUCGUUCUCUUAUACACCGAAAGAAUCAGCUUGAUGUCCUCUUCCACUUUGUCUUCUAAUGUCCUCAAGUUAAAGUCUUGUCCUAGGAAAGACCUUAGCUCUAAACCUAAGGAUAUAGUUCAAGAGGAGAAAGUUCCAGAGGAGAAUGGUCGAGAAGAGAGGUCAGAAAAUAUGGAUGUGGUGGACGAUAGGUUUGAAUUCGAUCCAGAAGAGUGUAAUGUUGCAGCCGGGAAAUGGGUUUACAAUAGCUCAGCUGAGCCACUCUACACUGAUGAGUCAUGUCCAUACAUCGACCGUCAAUUCUCGUGUAUGAAAAACGGAAGACCAGAAACUGAUUAUCUUCGGUGGGAAUGGCAGCCUGAUGACUGUACCAUCCCACGAUUUAGUGCGAAGUUAGCAAUGAACAAACUGAGAGGAAAAAGAUUGCUAUUUGUGGGAGAUUCGUUGCAACGAAGCCAAUGGGAAUCGUUCGUGUGCUUGGUUGAAUCAGUUAUACCCGAGGGAGAAAAAUCAAUGAAUCUUGGCCAAAAAUACUUUGUUUUUAAAGCAAAGGAAUACAAUGCGAGUAUAGAGUUCUACUGGGCACCAUAUAUUGUGGAAUCGAACACGGACUUGCCUGUGAUUUUGGAUUUGAAGAAAAGGAUAGUGAAAGUGGAUUCAGUGGAAGAUCGAUCCAAGUAUUGGGAAGGAGCUGAUAUUCUAGUUUUCAACACUUAUGUUUGGUGGAUGAGUGGAAUCAGAAUGAAAGCUUUGUGGGGUUCAUUUGGAAACGGAGAGAGAGGUGCGGAGGCUUUAGACACAGCAGUGGCUUACAGGCUAGCGCUCAAGACAUGGGCUAAUUGGGUUGACUCUACCGUUGACUCUAAUAAGACUAAAGUCUUCUUCACCACCAUGUCUCCUACUCACUCUAGAAGUGCGGAUUGGGGGAAGCCAAACGGCCCUAAAUGUUUCAACGAGACAGAGCCAAUAAAAGAUAAGAGCUUUUGGGGAACAGGCUCCAACAAGGAGAUGAUGAAAGUGGUGUCAAGCGUCGUGAAGCACAUGGCCACGCACGUGACUGUCAUUAACAUUACGCAGCUCUCCGAGUACCGCAUCGACGCCCACACAUCUGUAUACACGGAGACAGGGGGCAAGAUGCUAACGGCCGAGGAGAGGGCUGAUCCAAUGCGUCACGCUGAUUGCAUACAUUGGUGCCUCCCUGGGUUGCCCGAUACGUGGAAUCGGAUCCUAUUGGCUCAUUUGUAAGUAAAAAGAGCUAGGAAACUGAUGAUGAAAACGGGAAUUAACCCAAUUAAGUCCUCUCUCACUAUUUUCUUCUUGUGUUGUGAGACAUUUGUUUUUUUUUUUUUAAAUAUAUCUGGAUGUAACGUGGUAAACGAGACGUGAAGUAAAUUGAAAAAGGAAGAAAAAAGAGAGC